AUGAGCGCCGUAUUUCAAUUCGACGAUGAAGAUCUAGCAGCUCUUCAACGGCGCAGCAUUGAUGGUCACUUUGAAGUUGGCAAUACUGAUGCGCAUGGCGACGAUCGCACGAGUAGCAAUAAUAAUGGCACUUUGGCUGUUGGCGGUGGAUUCGAGAGCGGCUAUGCAUCUGAAGCCGAUACUGCUGAACCGACACCUAUCCCAGCAGAUGAGCAGCUGUAUGAAGUAUCACUUGAUCAGGAUUAUAUAUCAUCAUCCGUCAAAGAAACGCAACGACCUCGAAAGCGUGUAUACAAGGAGGAUUUUGAGAUACUCAAGUUGCUUGGUCGGGGAGCAUAUGGCAAAGUGACAUUGUGUCGGCACGUGGAUUCUCGAAAGCUUUACGCAAUGAAAGUGCUCAAAAAGGCGUCGUUGUUUGUUCACGGCAAGAAGAAUGUGGAAUACAUGAAGACCGAGCGACAAAUCCUUGAAGAAGUGCGGCAUCCUUUCAUUGUUCAGCUUAUGUAUGCAUUUCAAACCGACGAGCGAUUGUUUCUUAUUUUGGAAUAUGCUGUGGGUGGUGAAUUAUUUACACACAUGGCUGCAGAACAAAUGUUUUCUGAAAGAGUGGCUCGAUUUUACAUUGCAGAAUUGGUUCUGGCACUGGAUCAUCUACAUACGCUGGGCAUUGUUUAUCGUGACCUUAAACCUGAGAAUUGCUUGUUGGAUGCCGAAGGUCAUGUGCUUUUGACCGACUUUGGCUUAUCAAAGGUGUCUGUCGAUGGAAAAGCAAAUACAUUUUGUGGCACAGCUGAAUACAUGGCACCAGAGGUGUUGAUGGAAUUGCAUUAUGACAAGAGUGUGGAUUGGUGGACUUUGGGUAUCCUCAUGUUUGAAAUGUUGACGGGGGAUACACCUUUUCGUGCCGGCAAUCAAAAGAAGACCAUGGAUGCCAUUCAAAACAAGAAACUACAAGUGCCUUAUUACGUUACAUCGGAUGCCAAAGAUCUUCUUAAUCGACUCCUACGCAAGAAUCCAAAUACCCGUCUCGGUUAUGGUGAUGAUGGCACAGAACAAGUUCAAGCACACAAAUGGUUCAGACGUAUCAAGUGGAAAGACAUGCUGGAGCGUAAAGUGCAGCCACCCAUUGUACCUAUUAUUACCAACCCAGAACUUGCCGAGAAUUUCGAUGACAAAUUCACCAAUGAAACGGUUAAAGAGACGCCCAUUGAAACGGCUUUUGACGCCAACAUGCAGGAUCACUUUCGCAACUUCAGCUUUAUCGCCCAUUCACACAUCCUGGAUAAAUAA